CCCAUUUAAAGUGCUUCACUUCCUGCUUCUCUCCGAACCAGGAAAUAAACAAGUCGGUGGUCGGGUUUAAUUAACAGGGUACAGAGCCCUUUUAAAAUAUCAUCGAAUUAUAGCUAUUUGGCCAAGUUAUCGCCUGUCACCAUGGCCGGCUUCUUCAAGAAGAAGACAGUAGAUGAUGUGAUAAAGGAGCAGACCAAAGAGCUGAGAGGAACCCAGAGACAGAUCACCAGAGACAGAUCUUCCCUGGAGAAACAGGAAAAACAACUGGAGAUGGAGAUUAAGAAGAUGGCGAAGACUGGGAACAAGGAGGCGUGUACCAUCCUGGCCAAACAGCUGAUUCAGCUGAGGAGACAGAAGAAUAGAAGCUACGCGGUCGGUUCAAAGGUCACCUCCAUGUCCUCUCAGACCAAACUCAUGAACUCCCAGAUGAAGAUGGCAGGGGCCAUGGCUACCACUACCAAAACUAUGCAGGCUGUCAAUAAGAAGAUGGACCCUCAGAAGAUGCAGCAGACCAUGCAGAACUUCCAGAAGGAGAACAUGAAGAUGGAGAUGUCAGAGGAGCUGAUUAACGACACGCUGGAUGAGAUCUUUGACGAGUCUGGAGACGAAGAGGAGUCUGAUAGCAUCGUUAACCAGGUUCUGGACGAGAUCGGCAUCGAGAUAUCAGGAAAGAUGGUGAAUGCUCCUUCGACCAGCAGAAACAACCCCGCUUCUUCCUCUACCUCCAAAUCAGACGGCAUCUCGGACGAAGACAUCGAGCGACAGCUCAAAGCCUUGGGAGUGGACUAACUAACACACACACACACCCUGUGCCUGGACACACACACACACACACACACCCUGUGCCUGGACACACACACACGACUCCCCCUGCUCAGUCUCUGACAAGCCUUUUCUGGGAUAUAGUGACACUAUUUUAUAUAUAUAUCUAUAUAUAUAGUCUAUAUGACUAUAGAUGCCACUGCAUGUAGUUGUCCUGCUGUGUAUUGGGUCUCUGCAGUGGCCCCACGACGAGAGAGAGUUUGAAUAACAGGGUCCCCUUCAGUAGCCUAACGUUGUAGAACGUUGCAGAUAACAUGGAAACGUCACGGACAGAGCCUCGUUCUACACGUCAGAGAGGCAUGUAGUUGUUCUGUAUAGCGUAUUCCUAUCUGAACGUUGCGUAACGUUUUCGUCCUACUGAACGCACCCCCCCCCCCCCCCCCCCAGGUUUUCCACCUGUGUGGAGUUUAGAACAGGAAGUGAAGGAGAAUGCUGCUAUAGUUCCAGGUCAGUGCUCCUAAAGGUCACGGGGAUUUAUCAAGAUUAAAGUUAAUAACAGCCUAUCAAUUAAAAAAAA